AUGGCAAAAGUGGAGCUGCUUAUUGAAUUAGUAAAAAAACAUAAAAUAUUGUACGAUUUAGAGGACGAGGACUACAAAAACAUCAGAAAAAAGGACAGGAUAUGGAACGAAAUUGGAUUGGAGCUGGAAGAAAGUGGUGAUGAAAUAAAAAAAAAAUGGAAAAAUUUACGAGACUCCUUUUCAAAAUAUGUGAGGUCAACAAAAUGUACUACAGGGCAAUCCGCUGUUCAUAAAACAUGGAUUUGGGCCAAACAAAUGGAAAGCUUUCGUCCAUUUAUUUCGUCUACUAAAACGUCUUCGAAUGUCAGUUGCAUUGAACCAUCUGAACCAUUUUCAUUCACGGAAGCUUUUCAAUGCAAAGAAGAAUCACCAGAAUCGCAUAUGGAUGACGAGAUCAAUGAUGAAUUGAACCAAUCUAUCGUAUCAAUUCCUGCCGUUGAUACUGAAAGACCUGAUUUGAAGCCCUUGAAAAGAUCUACACCACAAUCAACGUCAUCCGUGAAGGAUGUAAUUGAAUAUGAAGAGAGCAAUGAUGAAUUGAAACAAUCUAUCGCAUCAAUUCCUGCCGUUGAUACUGAAAGAACUCCAUUGAAGCGCUUGAAAAGAUCUACCACACAACCAACGUCCUUCGUGAAGGAUGUAAUUGAAUAUUUGCAAACGCCCGACGAUCUUGAUAUUUUGUUUAUGGCGUAUGCCCAAACAAUUAAAAAAUUCAGUCCGAGGAGACAGGCUCACAUAAAAUUUAAAAUUGCAAAACUUAUUAUGGAGGAAGAAAUAGCGAAUCUUGAGGAAAAUUCAUCCAGUUAAUAUUACCUUAAAA